UAUUUGUGCAAGAAGACCACAAAGAGCCACUUCAACAGCAAGAGAAGCAACAAAAGGCGUCAGAAACAAGAUGGUGUCUGUUGGGCUACAGAUGCUGGGCGCUGCCCUUGGCAUCAUCGGCUGGAUCGGUGUUAUCAUCACCUGCGCUCUUCCUAUGUGGAGGGUCACAGCCUUCAUUGGCAGCAACAUCGUCACUUCGCAGAUAACAUGGGAAGGCAUCUGGAUGAGCUGCGUGGUGCAGAGCACUGGGCAGAUGCAGUGUAAGGUCUACGACUCCAUGCUGGCCCUUAGCUCAGACCUCCAGGCCGCACGGGCCCUCACCAUCAUCUCCAUUGUGGUGGGCCUCAUGGGUAUUUUCCUGGCUAUGGCUGGAGGGAAAUGCACCAACUGUGUGGAAGACGAGAGGUCCAAGGCAAAGGUUGCUGUGACAGCAGGCGUGGUUUUCAUCAUUUCCGGGGUGCUGUGCUUGAUCCCUGUGUGCUGGACUGCCCAAACCAUCAUCCAGGACUUCUACAACCCUUUGCUGAACCAGGCACAGAAGAGGGAGCUGGGGGCGGCGCUGUUCAUCGGCUGGGGGGCUGCUGCUCUGUUGAUCAUCGGAGGAGGUCUGCUGUGCUCUAGCUGCCCACCCAAUGAGAAGGGCUCAUACACAGCCAAAUACAAUGCUGCUCGUUCUCAAACCUCUGCCCCAUCCACGAAGGACUACGUCUGAAAAGUUCUGGAGCCUCAAGAACUGAUUAUGCCCCCCAUGUUUACUGUCUUAUGUCCAGCAAGUACUGUCUCACUAAUACUCUGAACAGACUUCAUGAGGGCUUGAUGGACAAUUGCAAGAGCCAAAGUUACUGGUUUCUAACACACAUAUAUUUACAUUUUACCCAGAAUAUGAUAAGGAACCACAAUGAAAAGCUUUCUCCUUUGCUAUAACUGGUAGUUUGUGGUAUAAAAGUAUGAUCAUAUUUUAUUGUCUUAGCACAGCUGCUGAGUCAAGUUUAGAAAUGUAAUUUUUCACUUUUGUUAAGCUUUAAGAAUCUAAUGGUUUUGUAAAUAAAUAUUUUUUGUACAGUAUACCUCAUUCUUAUUUUGCUUGUGUCAAAACAUGGAAAAAAAUAAAUUCACAUUUGUUAUGUCUGACAUA